AUGGCUGUUUUAAGCUUCACUCUCCCAAGUGGAUUAGUUUGCGGGUUCUGUCUCACCCAUCUGGUUAGUUCGCCAAGCUUCCACCACGCCGCCGCGAAGAAGAAGACUCAGUGUCUCUUGUUCUCACCCAUUGAUCUUCUUCUUCAAUUUUCCCUUUGUUUGGGGAAUCGACGAAGAGAGGUUGGUCAUUCCAUUCCUCUGUCUUCCCUGUUGCUGUUCAUCACCAGCUAUCUAGGGCUUGCGUCGCAAAUUGUUAGAAUGAACAAGGUUUUGCUUCACCAUUACGUUUCUUUGCCUUAA